AUGGAACAGCUGGUACUGUACGUGAAAGCUCUACGAGCUCUUAAACUGUCUCUUCUCUUCGCGCAAGGAGAAAUCAGAGUUGGCCACCAAAAACCCUCCAACGCCGUCAAGAAUGGUGAGACAAAUAGAUGCUCUGAGGCCUAUCCCUUUUCUACGAGUGCUUGUAACAAGCCUGAACGAAGCAUUAAGUUUUUAUAUUAUCUUUGUUUACAAUUUUCAGUUCUAAACGACUUGAACAGUCGAUAUCACCAGUGUUUGGAGAAGGCGUCCAAACUGAAGCAGCUCUUAGAACCUGGACUACAGACACUUGAUGGAAAAUCUAUGACGGUGAGCUUACAACUUAUAUGCGUUAAAUCCUUUCGAGAAUUAAAUCAGCUUUCUGCAACAUAAUUGCUUUGGUUUUGCUACUGUUCGCUUUGCGAUUGGCGUAAAACUUUGCACCAUUGCCGCUACCAAAGAGUAAUAUGCAGAGCUUAUAUCAAUCGUGGCUUGGUCACUCGCGUUUCCAAGCUUCAGACGAGUUUCGUCCAUUUGAGCUGAAUUCUCAUGGGCCAUUUUCAAAAUAUGUCUUUGUGGAAUGGGUUGUUGUGAUGAAUGUUAUUUUGUUUUGGGGAAACCUCAUUACAAAGGGUGGGGCUCUAGGUCACGUGCGUUCGAGUGACCUCUCCGCUCCUUUUCUGCACUCUUUGUUCUCCUUUUCCCCCACCCCCCUCCCUAGCCCCCCCUUCCAUCAGUAUUCCCUGGAUACUGCUCAAUUCGAACUGUCUUGCUGGUGCUUUGUUUUCAAACGCCUAGAGGUGAGCUGUGGCGAGGUUGCUUCUCUAUCCACUGCUUCAUUUGACGCAGAGUAAAAUACAUCUUAUAUCCUUCUCACAGGUCAGCGCUGACAGAUUGAUGUACCAUUACGCCAUGGAACAGGUAACUACCUUUAACGUUGAGGCAUGCCAUUCGCUAUUUGCUAGAUCUUGUAUUUUUUAUCAAGUUUCCUCCUGUUUUUGUUUUUGUUUUUGAUUCUUUAGUGUCAAAAUGCUGCCCUCGACGAGGUGUUCGGAAACCCAAAAGAGGUGACUAACAGUCAUUUGUUUGUUCCACGUGUUCAUUGUUUCUUGUCAAGUUCUGUUUUUUCUCGUCUAUCAGCAGUUUAAAAUGUUUUUCUUUAUUCUCUCUUUUAGUCUAACUCCAAAUUUUUUUCAGUGUAAGGUCAAGUACGAGACUGCUCAGGUUUUACUUCAAGGCCUGGAGGAAGAAGCUCAUACUGACGAAGAUCGGCGUCUGUUGAAUAAAUGUAUCCUUUGGUCUCGUUUGUGGCGCCUUGUUUGCGCCGCCUCAACGAAAUAAUUACAGACUCCGAAUACUGAAUAUCUUUUUUCUUCUCCCUCCCCACUAAUGCCACCCAAAAAGAUAAAGUUACUGAGGUCUUUUCAUCUUGAAUAAGGUGCACUGUAUACCAUGUCACAAAAGUAUUUUAAAUAAGGGAGGAGUAGUCUUAAGCAACGCUGGGCAUAACUUAAUGUCACUUCAGAAGAAUAGAGAAUUGAAAGAUUCUGCUUUGUGAAAGACCACGGAGUGCUUACCAUUCUAUUCCUUCCCAUGUUUCAAUUUUUUGGAACACCGCGAGUUAACCAAUAAAAGUGUUAAUUACAUAGUCAUUACUUGGGUGGCGUAGGCUAUUCACAAUGUAAUGCCUUUAAAAUGGUGAUACAACCAGUUACAUCAAGCCCUAUAUAGACGCAAAUUUGUGAACCAGUGUCACUAUUUACCAGCUUGACGAUUGGUUCCUUAACGAAAACUGUAGAUAAAAUCGCCGUAGAUAAACGGCUGACGUGUAUUUCCAGGACGAGGACACGCAAAACCAGUCAAAGUAACACCAGAUAA